AUGAAGCAAUUCGUGUAUAUAAUUUUUCUAAUUAUAAUCCAUAGAAUGUAUACAGCAGCACAUAAGGAGGAAAUAGAGGGGAAACCCAUGGAAGACAUGAAUUUAUCAAAAGAUAUUCCUAAAGAAGAAAGGAUAUCUGCCUUGCGAAAGGUUCUUGCAAAGAAAAACGUCGGCGGGUGUGUUUUAUAUAGAAGAGAUCCGCACUUAAACGAGUAUGUUCAUCCGCACUAUGAACACAUUGCCUGGCUAACAGGAUUUACAGGGUCAAAUGCAACUCUUUUGGUUCUUCCAGACACCGCGUAUUUAUAUACGGAUGGCAGGUAUUUUAUACAGGCAGAAAAGCAGCUGCCAAAGGAUGUACUUCUUUCUCGGAUGGGCACAGAUCCAACAAUAAGCCAGAGACUAGCAGAGUGCAAUGGUACUAUUGGGAUUAAUGCGCAGGAUAUAACACAGGAAGAGCAUGAGAAGCACUUUAAAAAUCUCCCAGAGAGUGUUGAGAUAGAUAUACUUAAUGAAGACAUAAUUGAUCAGUUAUGGUCAACCCGGCCAAAAAUAGAGCCAGGGUAUCUUGAAGUAAUGGGGCAUCAAGAGUCUGUAGGAAAUAAGCUCAAAAAAAUCCGAAGUGAAAUGAAGAAGAAUAAGGAAAUGCGGUCUAUGAGCGCGCCAUUUGACAUGGUUAUUAUUUCUGACAUGGAUGAGAUUGCAUGGGCCACAAAUUUAAGAGGAAGCGACAUUCCUAUGUCUAGAUUGUUUUAUUCAUUCUUGAUUGUGCAGGAAGAGGGGGCUAUUUUAUUUACAGAUGCAAGUUUGACAACCGAAGUACCAGAUGUUGUUAUACGGCCAUAUGCAGAUUUUUAUAGGUACAUUUCAGAGAUAUCAGACAAAUGCAUAGGAAUAUCUUCUAAUACAAACUAUCAAAUUCUGUGCACUAUUGUAGAGGAAAACAAUGUGGGGGACUUCGAUGGAAUACUUAAUUUAAAGGCAAUAAAAACAGAAGCGGAAAUAAAAGGAUUUGAAGAGGCCAACAAAAGGGAUGCAGUCUAUUUAUGCAUGCUAUUUGGAGAAAUUAAAAAGAAUCUUGCAGAGGGCAGUAGUGUAGGAGAGAAGGACGUGGCAGACCGGCUGCUAGAGCUGAAGAAAGAAGAUCCCGAGUUUAUUGUUCCUAGUUUUGAGACUAUUUCUGGAUACGGAGAGAACGGAGCAAUUAUUCACUAUGCGCCAGAGGACAACACAACUAAGCUUUCAACAGACAGCCUAUUUUUAAUUGACUCUGGGUCGCAGUACACAAUGGGCACUACCGACAUAACAAGAACCGUUUGUUUUGGAAAGCCAACAGACCAACAAAAAAGAGACUACACAGCACUUAUCAAGGGGCACAUUGACUUGGAGACCACUAAGUUCUCAGAGAAAACUGCUCUUGGCGCACUGUCAAUUAUAGUAAGAAAGCACGUCUGGGAUGAGAACAUUGACUAUGCGCAUAGCACUGGGCAUGGUGUAGGAUUUGGAUUAAAUGUACAUGAAGGCCCGCAAACGCUAGACAGCUCAUCCAGAGUAAAAGCAUUGCCGGGGAUGAAUAUAACUAUCGAACCAGGUAUCUACAGAGAAGGUAAGUACGGGCUACGCCAUGAAAAUCUAGCUGUAGUAGAGAAGUAUAAGAAGACAAAAGGAUUCUUACAGCUUAGAAACAUUACUCCAGUCCCAUUGCAUUUGGAUUUAAUUGAUACUGAAAUCCUAUCGCCACAAGAGAUAGAAUACAUAAACAAGCAGUCAAAAAACAUCCAACAUAUGUUGAAGCCGCUGCUUCUUCACCACAAAGAUGGUCUUGCCUGGCUUGUGGAAAACACCCGAGAUCUUUAAUAUCAAACAAGGCAGAAUGCUAACA